AAGUGACACAGGGGCUCCUCGUCUCUGCUCGCCGCGCUCCGCCGGGAGUCCGACCGCACGGAGCCCAGCGCCGCGCCGCAGAGAUGCCGCUGAGGUGACUGCCGCCCUGACUGGUCGCCGCCGAGGAGUCGUCCGACGAAGGAGCCGUGUCCCGCCGCUGCCCCGCCAGGACUGCGGGAAGGGGCUUUCUUUUGGGGCGGGACUUUUUGGGAUUUAUUUUGUUGCUGUUUUUGUGUAUUUUUUCCCCCCCUUUCUCUGUGCCUGGCUGGGCUUUCGCACAGAGUUUGCCGUCCCUCCCCCGACCCGCGCCGGCGGGCUCCGGCCGAGCAUGGAGAAGUACGAGGAGGACAUAGCACUGAAGGCCACUAAGUUUAUGGAGGAUCUGUCCCUCUACGAUCCCUGCCCCGAGGGUCUGUACGGCCGGGGCGGCCGGCGGGACCUGGCGCUGCACGCCGACCUGGAGGAGACCAAGCGGGUCAUCGCCGCCCACAUGACGGCAGAGCAGCGGGGCCGGAAGAUGAACGGUACCGCCGCGCCGCCGCCGCCCGCCGAAGCCUUCCCCGCCGCCGCCCCCUGCGGCAAAGCCGUCCCGCUCCGCGCCGCCAACGGCCGCGCCGCCGCUGAGCCCCCGCCGCCGGCCGCGGGCCCGCCGUGCUGCGAGGAGGGGCUGUGCACCCGCUCCGAGGUGGCGCUGCCCUGCUACAGCGGCUUCGCCGACAAGGGCAAGCGUUACUCGGCCGAGGGCUACCGCUACGCCGCGGGCAGCGCCUACGAGGGCGGCUUCGUGGCCAAGGGCGGCGGGCGGGCGCCCGGCGGCCCGGACGGCAAAUACGGCGCCGCCAGCCCGCGGGCCAGCCUGGCCGCCUCUUCGCCGGGCCCCGUCGGCGAGCACAGCAAGUUCUCCAGCCCGCGCUCCAGCCUGGGCGGCGCGGCCGCGCUGCCCUACGAGAAGUUCUCCAGUCCCCGUUCCAGCCUGGUGGUGCCCGGCCAGGAGAAGUUCGGCAGCCCCCGUGCCAGCCUGGUGCAGUACGACGGCGCCGCCCUCAGCCCCCGUUCCAGCUACGCCAGCACGGCCAGCGACACCAGCAAGCACUCCAGCCCCCGCGCCAGCCUCACCGGCUACGACGGCGGCGGCAGCAGCAAGCCCAGCAGCAACCGCACUAGCGGCAUCAGCAUGGGCUACGACCAGCGCCACGCCAGUCCCCGCUCCAGCACCGCCAGCCAGUACUCCUGCACCACCAGCCCCCGCUCUAGCUACUCGGACUCCAGGUACGGCCCGCCGGGCAGCGCCGAGUCGGAGGGGGCGGGCGGCUCCGGGCUCGCCCUGGCCAGCCCCCGCUCCAGCCUCUGCGGCCCCGAGGGCCGCGGCGCGGCGGGCGCCGCCGUGGUCAGCCCCCGCUCCAGCAUCUCCAGCCAGAGCUCGCGGAGUUCCCGCGGCUCGAUGAGCGCCUACCCCGAGCUGCAGUUGCCUUCGCCCCGCUCCUCCCUGCUGGGGCCCGGCCUGCAGGACGACGGCGCCGUGCCCGAGCCGGGGGACGUCUACCACAAGAUCCAUGCCCAGUCCCCGCCGCGGCACGACCAGCAGCACCCGGCCGCCGCCCCCGAGGCGGCCGCCCCCUUCGCCUACAGCCCGACCAAAGGCUCCGCUUCGGCUCCCAAAUUCAAGCUCCCCUACCAGGUGACGCCGUGCCGUGAGAGUGGCCCCAGCCAGGCGGAGAGGCGGCUGGAGGCGCUGACGCUGGAGCUGGAGAAGGAGCUGGAGAUGCACAUGAAGAAGGAGUAUUUUGGUAUUUGUAUAAAAUGUGGAAAAGGUGUAUAUGGUGCGAGCCAAGCUUGCCAGGCAAUGGGUAACCUCUAUCAUACCAACUGCUUCACAUGCUGCUCUUGUGGGAGAAGACUACGAGGUAAAGCAUUCUACAAUGUCAAUGGCAAGGUGUACUGUGAAGAAGACUUCCUAUAUUCAGGUUUUCAGCAAACGGCGGACAAGUGCUUUGUUUGUGGACACCUCAUAAUGGAAAUGAUCUUACAGGCCCUUGGGAAGUCAUACCAUCCUGGCUGCUUCCGUUGCGUGGUGUGUAACGAGUGUUUGGAUGGAGUCCCCUUCACUGUAGAUGUGGAGAACAAUAUUUACUGUGUCAAAGACUACCACACGGUUUUUGCACCAAAAUGCGCUUCCUGUAACCAGCCGAUCCUACCAGCACAGGGCUCUGAGGAGACGAUUCGGGUGGUGUCCAUGGACAAAGACUACCACGUGGAGUGCUAUCACUGCGAGGAUUGUGGCUUGCAGCUCAAUGAUGAGGAAGGCCAUCGCUGUUACCCACUGGAGGGCCACUUGCUGUGUCACGGCUGUCACAUCAGGCGCCUUAAUAUUAAACUGCCAUCACAUCCACCUCCAAGCUAUCCAAUGCACGUCACAGAGCUCUGAAAGACAUUGCCAUUGCCAAUAAGCCGUCUGAAAGAGAAGACGGCAAUCUAAAAAUGACUUUCCUGUUCCUUGAAAAAUGAGGUUCCAGUAAUAACCAUCUAAACCAGCUAUUUAUUUUUUAAAUCAGAGGUGAGGGGUCCUUUUCUGAUCUUGUACAUAUGCAUUCUUUUAUCUAGAUAUUUUUCACUGAGACAUCAUCUACUUGAACAAAUAAUUCACCACUAAACUGUAAGUGGCAGCAUUUCUAAAAACAAUGGUACAAAGGGCUGUUCUGCACUCCCUGCUCACUUUAAGGAGUGUGGAAUUACUUCCAAAAGUUAGCACCUUAUCAUAUGGCAGCAAGCAUGAUAAGAUAAAUGCUAGCAUUUUAGCUAGUUUUGUUGAAUUCUGGUCUUAGAGAAUACAGUCUCACAUUUUUUUAAGACUUAGACUUCCAGGAGUAGUGACUAGGAAGCAAACAAGUGUUUUUCACAAGGGCAGCGUGGGUUCAGGAGUGAGUGGCAUUCUGUGAGGAAGCAUCAGGCUAGCUUUCCAUCCUGCAAGGUUCCACAAUCAUCCAAAGACUAUUGAGCUUGUUAAAGAGACACGACAAGCAUCUCAUCUAAACACCACAUUGCAGAGGAAUGGAUCCAAAAAGUUGGUGAAGGCAAGGUCGUGGCAAUUGAAGGAAAUUCCCGACCUCUGUACGUGUUUGCUGUAUCCAAAUGUAGCCAUGGUUUCAAAAUGCAUUGCUACCAACUUGAUGAUUUGGCACUUACUAAAGAAUUCGUCUUUUAAACCUGUUUUUUGUUUAGUAGGGUUCACAGCCCCUUUCUGUGCAAAGAUACACUUGCCUUUAUAGCUCCUUGUUUUAUACAGGCCGUCAUUUGUUACCAACUGCUUUAUGGUUGUAUGUUGAUACAUGAUUAAAAUAAGGGGGACUGUGUUUUUUGUACUAUCUUUUCAGCUUUGUGUUCUUUUCUAGAUGUACUUUUGAACUGAUUAUGGUGAUUAUCUUCAUUGGAAAAACAAAGUACAGUUAAGCAAAACAUAAUUACAGAGCCAGACCCUUGAAACGUUGGUACUUUAUGACAAGUAUUAGAGGUACAGAGAAUGUACACACUUCCAUAUUUUGCAUAAGCUUUUACAGUAACCUCAGAGCUCUGGGGAAAUAUAUGUCUUCCAUAUAGGAAGUUAGAUGAAUCUUUUUUAUGGUUUGUUUUCUACCCUGUGUUGAUGAUUUACAUGCAAAUCACACAUCUGUAUGUUAAAAAGAUUCCUUGCGUUCUCAUGAGGAUUGAGCCAGUCUUCCUGAAUUUAUAUUUUAAAAUAAAUCCAUCAUUGCUGUCUUUAACUGUAUCCAAAAUUGCAAUGAAAUAAAAUUCUUCUGCUCCAGAGGAAGUGGAAAUACCAGACCAGGUUCUCUGCAUGUGUAAGUUGGGACGUUUCCAUGCCCGUUCUCAACACAUUGAGAAUCUGACCAAUCCCUCUCAGAAAUGAGCCCAUGUUAAAUUCAGCACGCGGACUGAUGAAAUGACUUCACUUUGGCAACACCACUGCAGUUCAGUUUCUUCUGCUCUGUUGACUUUUUGAAAGCCAUAUGUGGUACUCUUGAAAAGUACAAAGAGCAUCCAAUGAACACUAAUUCCUAAGUGGAAUAAUUAACUCCCUUAACAGAACUUUUUGAUAGUCUGGAAUUUCUUCAAGGGGAAAGGCGGGGCAGAAAAAAUUCCUGUGAGCUACUGUUUUUUGUCUUAGGAACAAAAGGUAUAUUUCCUGAGCUUUCACCAAACUUUCAUUGGCCUAGAUUAACCUGUCCUACUGAAUGCUUCCCUGCAUUUGCAAACAUACCUGUGUGUCCACAGCCAGCAGCCCAGCCUCUGCAGGACGGGGAAGCGCCUGUGCCUCUCACAAAACAGCAAAUGCUGGAAAAGGGAGAAUUUGGCUUAAAUCAGAGUGGAUGACUAGAUCAAUCUUUAAGGUUAUUACAAACAUGGAAGACAUCAGAGCUUCAGGAUAAAGUUUUAGCAUCAGCUGCAAUGUAAUACUUUUUCUAUUUAAGGACGCUGCUUUGGAUCACACUUAGCUUGAAGCAUUUUACUUGUCUUUACAAUAUACAUUAAGGAACCCAAAUUAAGAAAAAAAUCCGUAAAACAUACAGAGAAGGUUUGGGUCUGCUCCUCUGAGCAAGACAUCCCAGAACAGUACUUGUGAUGUACUGGGAAAUAUGCUUUGCUCUCCAGUAUAGAAGCAAAACCUUCAAAAUCCCAGUGGCCAGAGAUGGAAGUGACUUGCUCUGGCCUUCAGCCCUGUCUUUUGCCAGUACCUUCCUUAGCAAAUUGCCUCCUUCAGGGGCAAGUUGCAAAUUCCCACUCCAAGACACUCUUCAAGGGACAGUCCCACUGACAUGUACAUACCAGACUUUUUCUUCUUUGCUGAAAAUGAUCAUACUGUAGAAGAUAAAAAUAUUUUAAUUUCAUUUCACAAGGUAAUUUGUCAGUCUCUUGUAGCUCUACUCAGUUCCAACGUGUUGAGUAUCAUCACGGUAAAAAUAUUGAAAGGUAAUAUUUCACUAUAGAGGAAGCAAUGUAUUUAAAACCAGAAAGCAGCAGUUGUUCCAGUGUUUUCUAUAGCCAGGUGCAUUCCAGUACUGUAUCACAAAGCACAGCUUUGCUUUUCCACCACUGAGUAUAAAAACUGGAGCUUGACUGAAAUUUGCCAGUUAUUUUUCAAUCAAAGAGAAAAAUAAAAGCAAAUCUAAAAUACUGAUGUGCUGUACUCUUUAGCACUAGCGACAGUUUCUGUGCAUUUUACCUCCUGGCUGGGGAAUUAUGUAAAUAAGAAAGCUUCUUUUAAUUGUUUUUCUUAAGGAGUUAAACCAGUUCAACACAGACGUAAACUUUCUAGAGUUCAUUUUAUGAUGUUCUGAAGCCUUUACUGUACUUUCACAUAAAGCAGAAACUGUAACAGCUUGUUCUCAGUUGCAUCAGGACUGCACCUUUCCAUUUUGGUAAGGAACCUUAUAACGUCCCUUCAGCACAAAGCUGUUUGUAGGCGAUGCACUGGAGGACACAUUCCAAAGAAAGGACCAAAAUAAUAAUUUGAAAACAAAACAAAAGCAUGCAGUCAGAUAAUUGAGCUUUCAAAGAGGGUUUGUUUGGGUUUCUUUCCUUUUCCUUUCACUUGUAUGCACGUGUGUAUAUAUUUUGUAAGGUGGAGCUUCCAAAGGAAAACAUGGUUAGAGGAGCUCUUUAAGACCAGAAAUUCCAGAGUAGUUAAGUAAACCAAAGCUCUAAAGGAGACAAAAGCUGCUUUCUUGUGUUUCAAGAAAAGUUUAAAAGUUUGUGAUUCAUCCUGUAACUAAUGCCGUAACUAGAGUAUAUAAUUUGACUUAAAUUAAGUUUUCAUUUGAGAAAUAUUUUCAUUUUCUUUAAAAGAAUAUAGUUUUCUUCCAAGAACUUGGACCAACGUUGAUUUUUAUUUUGUAGGAAAUAUAUAAAUUCCCAGUUUGUAUAUCAUGUAACUAGUUUACAUGCUGAAAAUAUACAUUAGUUUAACUAUUUUUGUAUAUAUAUCCUUGUAAAACCUUUCAAUGUGCUUCUGUCGUUUAGCCUUUAGAAUUACUUGUGGUUUUUGUGUUUCAGUGUUUGAUUCCCUUGAUUGUUGAAGAAAAAAAUUGGGAAAUGUAGAUUUAUUUAUCUAAAGAAGCAGCUACUUGCUAUCAUCCUAAGUUAUUUAAUAUUAAAGUCAGAAGUUUCAUUUAACCUUAGAUGCUAUAAUCUG